AUGAAGGAUCCAGAAAGAUUUUCUAUGCAAGAUAUUGGCUAUGGUGAUACCGUCUUAAUUGGUGAUUUGGGGUCUGAUGACAGAAAUAUAGCUUCAAUUCCCAACCAUGCUACCUUUAUGGCCCCUCAGAGCAAUAUUUAUACAAACAAUUACGUCUGGGAAGGUGAUAUAGAAAGAAACUCGAAACAGUGCGACAAGUAUUGUGAAGAUGAUGAAUACAAUGCCAUAAUAUAUACUUAUAAAACAAAAUAUGAAACAAAGUUUAUAAUAUUAUCUUUUUGUAUAUUUCUUUUCAAUGUAUCAGAAUCAACAUUUGAGUGGGUAUCAUUGUUUCAUCCUAUUCAAACAAAAAAUAUGCAAAUUCUUCAAACUUUUGAUGGACUCUUUCAAUUAGCCAUAUUAAUUGUACUUCAUCUCAUCACUAGAUAUAUAUUUAUGCCGAUAAUGUUACCACCAUUAUAUCAUAGAGAUAUUAAAUCCAUCAGAACCACUCAUGGAGAGUGUAAUAGAUUAGCAUAUGUUAAACAUAAUUUGGUACAAUGCGGCUAUUGCUAUUUACUAUUAAUGUCAUUUCUAAUAUUUGAGUUACCAACCAUAUUAGAACCUACAAUGCCAUCUACUGAAAGAAAUAUACUCGAUGGGUUUGAAAAAAUAACAAUGUUUAUUUAUUACCUAAUAAGACUUGCAACUUUUACAUCCCUUCAACUAUUAACUCAUGAGCUGGUUCAUAUUCAUAAAUGGAAAGGCGAUUAA